AUGAGGGGAAAAGAGGAAAAGCUGUUUGACUGCAUCAGAGAGGGAGAAAAGCAGUUGGAAGGAGGAGAGAAUGAGGGGGAAAAGAGGAAAAGAUGUUUGACUGCAUCAGAGAGGGAGAAAAGCAGUUGGAAGGAGGAGAGAAUGAGGGGAAAAGAGGAAAAGCUGUUUGACUGCAUCAGAGAGGGAGAAAAGCAAUGGGAAAAGGAGGAAAAGCUGUUUGACUGCAUCAGAGAGGGAGAAAAGCAGUUGGAAGAAGGUGAGAAUGAUGGGAAAAGGAGGAAAAGCUGUUUGACUGCAUCAGAGAGGGAGAAAAGCAGUUGGAAGGAGGAGAGAAUGAGGGGAAAAGAGGAAAAGCUGUUUGACUGCAUCAGAGAGGGAGAAAAGCAGUUGGAAGAAGGAGAGAAUGAGGGGAAGAGAAGAAAUGCUGUUUGACUGCAUCAGAGAGGGAGAAAAGCAGUUGGAAGGAGGAGAGAAUGAGGGGAAAAAGAGGAAAAGCUGUUUGACUGCAUCAGAGAGGGAGAAAAGCAGUUGGAAGAAGGAGAGAAUGAUGGGAAAAGGAGGAAAAGCUGUUUGACUGCAUCAGAGAGGGAGAAAAGCAGUUGGAAGAAGGAGAGAAUGAUGGGAAAAGAGGAAAAGCUGUUUGACUGCAUCAGAGAGGGAGAAAAGCAGUUGGAAGAAGGUGAGAAUAAGGGGAAGAGAGGAAAUGCUGUUUGACUGCAUCAGAGAGGGAGAAAAGCAGUUGGAAGAAGGUGAGUGAGGGGAAAAGAGGAAAAGCUGUUUGACUGCAUCAGAGAGGGAGAAAAGCAGUUGGAAGAAGGUGAGAAUAAGGGGAAGAGAGGAAAUGCUGUUUGACUGCAUCAGAGAGGGAGAAAAGCAGUUGGAAGAAGGUGAGAAUAAGGGGAAGAGAGGAAAUGCUGUUUGACUGCAUCAGAGAGGGAGAAAAGCAGUUGGAAGGAGGAGAGAAUGAGGGGAAAAAGAGGAAAAGCUGUUUGACUGCAUCAGAGAGGGAGAAAAGCAGUUGGAGACAAACUAAGAGUAGAAACAAAAAUGAAUAAUUGGAAGCUGAACGGAGUAGACAUACAGCCUUUUAGAGAGGCAAUGUGAUCCUUCAAAUAUAGGCCCUGUAGGGAUAUCAUUGUAGGGAUAUCAUUGUAGGGAUAUCAUUGCAUUCAAGCUCAGAUACCAGCCCAGGUUCUCAUGGACAAUCUAUUGAGCCCUGGUUUUGGUUUUCUGCUGAGAGGAGUAACACAAACAUCUAUUUUUCACUCCAACCUGUCUGCUAUCAGAUCAGAGUACCCACGUUGAAUACCAACUCCAAACAAAUUGCAUCGGCUGAAUUCAAGAUUCUGAUCAAGUGUUUUCUCAAGGUGCACAAUGGUUGGGGGGGUGGAUUAGUUAUUCAUACUGUAGUCCCUCUUGCAUCCUCUCUCUGUCAGUCUCAUCCUCCAAAGGCCUGGAGAACAGAUUGUAUCACACUGUUUGGGCCAAAUUAUAAUUGCUAAUCUGCUUGUUUGGGGACAGCAGCAUUUCAAGUGAUGGGAGUGCAAUUUGCUGUGCGUUAUAAGUGUUUAGGAGGAGGGAGAAGUUGGCUUGUCAGUCUGCUGCUGUUUGCUGUCAGGUUGUAGAGAAACAGGGAGGAAGUUGAGUCUUACAUACCACAUACUCUAUUCCCCCUCAGGUGCAACGCUUAUUGACACCCAGCCUCUCAGAUAAUCUCAGAUAAUCCUUCCUCAGCAUCAUCAACUUUAGAGGAGGCCCUUGUCAGACCCUGGCAGCAGAUUGUCAGACCCUGGCAGCAGAUUGUCAGACCCUGGCAGCAGAUUGUCAGACCCUGGCAGUAGAUUGUCAGACCCUGGCAGUAGAUUGUCAGACCCUGGCAGUAGAUUGUCAGACCCUGGCAGCAGAUUAACA